AUGGCAUCAAGAAAGAACCGCGAGUGGAUCCUGAGGCAGAGGCCCGGCCCUGAUGGCUUCCAGCCCAGUGACCUGGAGCUUCGUGAGUGCCCCAUGCCAGAAUGCCAGGAUGGCGAGGUGCUCCUGGCGACGCAUCUCAUGAGCAUGGACCCAACGAUGCGGAAUGCCAUGGCAGGGGAGGAGGCAGCUGAUCGAACCGAGGGUUCUGCGUAUUACAAGAUGAUGAAUUGGGCACCUGGUUCGGUGAUCACGUGGAGAAUCGCUGGCCUGGUGCUGGAGUCCAAAGCAGAUGGGUUUUCCAAGGGCGACAUGGUCUUCGCCCAGGCUCCGUGGCGAGAGAUCAACGCAGUAAGCGUGGGGGCACUUCAGAAGAUGCCUGAAGGAGUCUCACCCUCCGCGGCAUUCUCCUGCUUGGCCAUGACAGCCAUGACCGGGUACCUUGGCGUUAAGCAUGUGACCAGGCCAAAGCCUGGCGACGUUGCCUACGUCUCUGGGGCAGCGGGCGCCACGGGUUUGAUCGCAUGCCACACUCUCAAGCAAAUGGGGUGUCGUGUUAUCGGCAGUGCAGGCUCUGGCGAUAAGGUGGUAUACCUGCAAUCGCAGGGGUUUGAGGCUUUCAACUACCGUGACGAGAGUGUGCUCACAGCUUUAAAGCGUCUGGCUCCUGCAGGGCUUAACGCAUGCUUCGACAACGUCGGUGGAGAGACCCUCGAAGCGGUACUGGAGAUGAUGAACGACACAGGCUGCAUCACGCUGUGCGGCGCAAUCUCCCAGUACGACUCAAAGCCUGAACAGCGCUAUGGGGUGCGGAAUCUGUUCCACAUCAUUGCUAAACGCUUGCGUGUGGAAGGCUUCAUUGUGGGCUUUUUCCCUCCUGAGGCGCAUGCUGAGGCAUCAGAAACUUUGUCAUCCUGGCUGCGUGACGGUAAGAUCUCUGACUGCUCCAGCUUUGUAGAUGGUUUUGAAAAUUUGCCAGAUGGCAUUAUGGGCCUCUUCCGUGGCACGAACACAGGCAAGAUGCUGGUCCGAGUGCCCCUUGAGCUCUGCAAGUUCUGA